ACAAGAUCGGUCAUUUACUAUCCAAUAUCAUUCUGGAUUGGCAAACCAGCUAGCAUCAAGCAGCCCAACAGCAUUUGCAAACGAACUUUGAGAACAAGGUAGCUUCUGCUCCUGUAAUGCUUAGCUUGGCCAACUUACCGUCUACAAGGCCUCCUGACAGAGGUUUAACUCAGGUCUCAAAGUCAAAUGUUAGCCUGAAUACCAACUUGAAAGAUUCACCUGGCGAUUUGCAGAAGUCUUCAGAAAAUUUGAAAGGUGAAAUGGAACAUUCUGGUAAUUCUGGAAAUUGCGAGCAAGAACAGGGAAUACUGCAUUCACCACAGGUUAUUGCUCAGCAUAACCCGGAAGAAUUUCUGAAUUUUCAGCAAGGCACCUGCCUAGAGCUUCAAUCCUCAACACUUUCCAUGGUCAAGAGGGACCCGCAAACAACCCCUGCGCAGCAGCAACAGACACAACAAGCUCCUUUUACACUUCACAAUCCACCAUCCAUGGUUGAGCAGCCACUAUUGUUGUCGCAGCAGCAAGAGCAGCCGAAGGGACAAAAAGCAGUUGCCACUGAUGUGAGCCAAAAGCUAUUAAUUGCGCAAGAAAGCAGAGUCCCUGAUCCGCAGCAUCAUCAACAACCGAAGUUACCAUGCCCGUACAAUGAUUGUCAAAGCUUGCAGUCAUGUUCACCGCCUCCAGAGCAGAAACUGUUGUCUCAAUCACAGCCACCAAAAUUGCAACAGAUUCUAAAUUUGUCACGGCAAGAUGAACAGCAAAGAUCUCAAGCAUCAGGAACCAUAGAAUCCGCUUCUGUGAAGAAGCAAGAGGAGGCGUAUCAGCAGGCUGAGUCUUCAAGGAGUACGUACGUAGUGGAACUGAAAGAGAUGUGCCAAAGGGCCAUCAAUUUACUCCAACAGAAUGAUUUUGUUCACCAAGAAUCAAGGUUGAAAUUGGAUCAAGCUAUGAAGUAUCUAGAUUAUCCUGAUUGCAAUAAAUCUACCGAGAAGUUGGAUCUAAUUAAGAGGCAGAUAAAUUGUGUCUUUCAGUUUGCAAUGCCGAGAACACCAGCCUCUUCACUUGUCCACGGACAGCUUACUCCUAAUUUGCACCCAUUACAGAAGUCUCUGCAGCCGCAUCCUCAAAUUCAUCAAGCAAUGCCACCAGAGGAUCAAAAGAAACCACCAUUGCAAUCAAUGAACCCACAGAGUUCUGCAAUAAAUCUGCAGGACAGCAACAUGAGAAUUUUUGGCGAUAGUUCUAUGCAGUAUCCAUCUAAGCUUGUGAUCUCACAGCAAGAUGACAUAAAAUCAGAGCAGCAUUUGUGUGAAUCAAAUUCAGAGCGCGAAAAUGUAGUGAAUCCAGUGCAGCAAGUUUCCAUGAGGUCUCUACAGCUGCCAUUAAGCACUCUUCCACAGCCAAAUGAUAUCAAAUUUCUAUUAAAAAACAACAGGAAUGAACGAGCAAAAGCAAAUUCCGGAAGAAGUUCUUCUGUAGCUCAACGUAUGGAUCCAAAACAAAAGAAGUCCCUGCACCAUGUAUCCGCACAAAAGAAGAAUCAAGAAUCUCAACAGAGCCAAAUGUGUCAGAAACUCAUCAAGGGAAAUCAAGAAGUUCCACAGCAGAUGCAGCAGGAUGAUGAAAUGCCACAUCAGUUGAAUGAAGUAAAUGAUGUGAAAAUGACACAAGGAAUAGAGCAUGAAACAGCACUAAAUCAGAGACCUGAAGUCAAGAACUUGAAAUUUAGACAAGUGACAGCUGUUAAAUCUGGAGUUCCACCUUCAAUUUCUUCCCCCAGGCACAUUCAGACCGAACCUGUCCAGUUACCUCGACAUUUUCCUCUGACCAACCAGCAUAAUAUGCUGCGGUUGCAUACAAUAGUUGGAUCCCCUUCUCAUUCUGUAAAUUCACAGCCUGGGUUUUCUGCGAAAUUCCUCUCCAAUGAUUCAUCAUACUUGAAUACAGGUAAGACUGAACACGAACCUGUAACUGAUGUAGUAGAAUCGAUCACACGAAAAUGUGAAAAUGCAGAUGGCUUUGGUUUUGAUGCUUCAACCAUCAAUUUUGGAGAAUCAUGUGAUGCUGAGAAGCCCAUUCUACGCUUAAUUAAAGCGGUGAACUCAAUUUCAUCGAAAGCAUUAAGUGCUUCUGUAAGUGAGAUUGGAUCAGUAGUCAAUCUGGCUGAUAGCAUGGCAGGAUCAGUACCAGUUUAUGGAUCAAAAGGCUCAGUUAGUGAAGAUUUAGGGGUCACGAGUAAGACUAAUCCAGUUGCAAGAUACUUUUCCAUAGGUUGUAGCACAUUUGGAAUGAGGAAAGUGAAGCGUUCAACAAAAGCAGUUCCCUUGAAUUAUAAGACACCAGCUAGCCCGAAGAAAUCUGGCUCAGAGUCAACUACAUUUUGCCCCAACAAAAAACCUAGGAUUCAGGUCAGUCGUGCUGUGUUGAAGGAAAUAGAGGAGAUAAAUCAGCAACUGAUAGACACAGUGUUAGAUAUCAGUGAUGAAGAAACCGACUCAACUACAGUUGGACCAGAUGGUGGAGGAAUCAUUAUCAAGUGCUCAUUCAUUGCUGUGUCCAUUAGUCCAAACUUCAACUCGAAGGAGGAUUUCGAUCAAAUUUCAAAAAUUCAGCCCUUAAAAUUGCUUGUCCCCACAAAGUACCCUUAUUGCUCACCUAUAGUUCUCGAAAAGUUGCCAGAGGAAGUCAGUGAAAAGCAUGAUGAUCUUUCAGGGAAGGCAAGGGUAAAGCUCUACUUGCAUCUCAGAAAUCUAUUGCAGCCCAUGUCAAUAGGGGAGAUGGCGAGGACUUGGGAUAAAUGUGCUCGGACAGCUAUUUCCGAGCAUGCAGUGAAGAAUGGGGGAGGUUGCGUUUUCUCAAAAUAUGGAACUUGGGAAAACUGCUUCAGUGCCGCAUGAUGAGGUGUUCAUCUCCAUUCUAAACAAUCCUCCUGCUACGCAGCAAAGCAUAGGGUUGUUGACUAAACUGAAUAGACACAACCACAUUACCUCGACGGUAAUGUCUACAAGACCUUAUAAAAUCACAUGUAAUCAGAGAUAGGUCAAGCAUCUUCGAGAUUUAAAGUGGAUAAGCUUCGUUUUUUUCUGAAUUGUUAGCCUGUUAUCGUGUUCCUGGUACCCUGUCAUUUCCAGACAAAGUUAUUAAUUCUGGUUUGGCUAAGCAGGAAACUUGGAUUCAAAA